AUGAGCGUCGCUGCGCCCGCUGAAAAGAAGAACAAGCCAUCAGCCCUGCGCUCCAUCAUCGCUGGUGCCAGCGCGGGUGCUGUCGAAAUCGCCAUCACUUAUCCCGCCGAAUUCGCAAAGACAAGAUCUCAGCUCAAUCGUCGUCUUGCCGAGGGCAAGAAGCUACCAUGGCCACCAUUUGGAAAACAGUGGUAUGCUGGAUGCACUACUCUGAUCAUUGGAAAUUCCAUCAAGGCUGGUGUUCGCUUCGUCGCUUUUGAUGCAUACAAGAACAUGCUAUCAAAUCCUGAUGGCACUAUCAGCGGCCCUGCCACCGUAAUUGCUGGGUUCGGUGCUGGUGUGACCGAGAGUUUGCUGGCCGUCACCCCCUUUGAGAGCAUCAAGACCCAAUUGAUUGACGACCGCAAGUCCGCUCAACCCAGGAUGAAGGGCUUCCUUCACGGCAGCAGACUCAUUGCCCACGAACAGGGUGUGCGUGGCUUCUUCAAGGGCUUUGUUCCUACCACCGCAAGACAGGCAGCAAACUCGGCUGUCAGAUUCAGUAGUUAUACCAGUUUGAAACAGCUGGCGCAAAGCUAUGUUGCUCCGGGAGAGAAGCUCGGCGCACUGAGCACGUUCGGUAUUGGCGGAUUGGCAGGUAUAAUCACAGUAUACGUUACCAUGCCCCUAGACACUGUCAAGACCAGAAUGCAAUCCAUUGAAGCAAAGACCGAGUACAAAAACAGCUUCAAUUGCGCGGCGCGUGUGGUCAGAGAGGAAGGCUUCCUCACUCUUUGGUCUGGCGCUGUGCCUAGACUUGGUCGCCUCAUCUUGAGCGGCGGCAUAGUCUUCACCAUGUACGAAAAGACCAUGGAGUUGCUCGACAAGCUGGACCCAGAAAAGAAAUAUCUAUGA